AGUCAUAGGCCGGAGCCGCCGUGGGGCUGUGGGAAUAAGAUGGCGGGGAAGAGGAAUGUCUUGUCGUCUCUGGCAGUUUACGCCGAAGAUUCAGAGCCUGAGUCUGAUGGCGAGGCCGGUGUCGAAGCUGUGGGCGGUGCAGCUGAAGAGAAAGGUGGAUUGGUAUCUGAUGCCUACGGUGAGGACGACUUUUCUCGACUAGGGGGUGAUGAAGAUGGCUAUGAAGAAGAGGAAGAUGAGAACAGUAAACCGUCGGAAGAUGACGAUUCAGAGACUGAAAAACCUGAGGCUGAUGACCCAAAGGAUAAUACAGAAGCAGAGAAGCGAGAUCCCCAGGAAUUAGUUGCCUCCUUUUCUGAAAGAGUGCGGAACAUGUCACCUGAUGAAAUCAAGAUCCCACCAGAACCCCCUGGCAGAUGUUCUAAUCAUUUACAAGACAAGAUCCAGAAGCUUUAUGAGCGAAAGAUAAAGGAGGGAAUGGAUAUGAACUACAUCAUCCAAAGGAAGAAAGAAUUUCGGAACCCCAGCAUCUACGAGAAACUGAUCCAGUUCUGCGCCAUUGACGAGCUGGGAACCAACUACCCAAAGGAUAUGUUUGACCCCCAUGGCUGGUCUGAAGAUUCCUACUAUGAGGCAUUAGCCAAGGCACAGAAAAUUGAAAUGGACAAACUGGAAAAGGCCAAAAAGGAGCGAACCAAAAUUGAGUUUGUGACGGGCACCAAGAAAGGAACCACGACCAGUGCCACCGCCACCACCACCACGACUGCCAGCACCGCUGUCGCAGACGCCCAGAAGAGGAAGAGCAAGUGGGACUCGGCCAUCCCAGUGACGACCAUCGCGCAGCCGCCCAUCCUCACCACCACGGCCACGCUGCCGGCCGUCGUCACCGUGACCACCAGCGCCUCCGGCUCCAAGACCACCGUCAUCUCCGCCGUGGGCACCAUUGUGAAGAAGGCCAAGCAGUGACCCGGCCACGCCAGGCUUGCCAGGACUGGGCGCCCAGGGAGCAGCCCACUGGGAGCACCGCUUGUCUAUUUCAGACUCGACCUGCUCCCCAGGGGAGCCCCGGGGAGCCUCCACGGCAUUGCAGCCGGAAGGACAUCAUGGCAGACGCACGGAGCACCGUGGACGGCAGCUAGCCACACAGCUCUUGGGGUUUUGCCCAAUUAAAAGUCGUACUUUCUUACAUCUGGCAUCUCAGGUGCGCGGGCCCUGCCCGCAGCCCCCGUGUGGGCGGUUGGGAAGCCCGAGUGCCCUCCUCCCCCGCCAGGGUGAUAGCCUCGGGAUGGAAGUGGGGUGGCCCAGGACGUCCUGUGCCGGUUCCCCGUGAGUGCUUCUUGGCAUGGACAGGUGGGGUCCCGGAUAAGGGACCACUCACUCCUGCUGUCUCCCUGACCCCUUCCAGCCAGUUCUCAGGUGGGAGCAGGGGCCUCUCCCCCCUCCUGGGUGCAGCUGAGCUCCUGCGGGGCAUGCGCAGGCUUGUGGAAUUAGGCCGCGGGGAUAUCCCUGGCCCGCACAGGGAGGGGGCCAGGUGUGGGGGGCCUGGCGGCCGAAGCCCCAACAUACAACAGCCAGCAGGAUCCACACGGCAGGGGAUGAAUCACCGCCCGCGCUGCCCAGGCCGGGGCUCCUGGGGGGGCCCCGGCCGCCCCACCCUUCCUCUGUGGUUAUCUCUGCCCGCCAGCAGCCCCUGGGCAGCACCAGCCGCCAGCCCGAGAGGCCGGAGAGGACAUUGGCCUUUCGUGCUUUUUGGCAGCUUCCCUUUCCUUUCCAGCGGAAGGGCCGAGUGUCAGAGAAGGAAGCCAGGCCGUGAAGAGCCCCCCCCCCCCCCCCACCGCUUCCCCGGGGCCGGUGCACACUGAGAAAGGCAGUCCUGAAUGUGGCUGGUGCCAUUUGUGACCUGAGGAAUAGGACCACUUCAGCUGCCAAGGUCCCCAAAAUAAAAAUGGAGUCACACUUGG